AUGGCUCACAGAGGAAAUCGGCUGGAGAAAAUCUCCUGUUCCAUCUGUUUGGAUUUCCUGACGGAUCCUGUGACUAUUGCAUGUGGACACAGCUAUUGCAUGAUCUGUAUUAAACAAUCCUGGGAUACAGAUGAGACGAAAGUCUGUAAAUGCCCUCAGUGCAGGACAGUGUUCAAACCAAGGCCGGUCCUGGUGAAAAACGUCAUAUUAGCAGAGUUGGUGGAGGAUCUGAAGAAGACUGGACUCCAAGCUGCUCCAGSUGAUCACUGCUAUGCUGGACCUGAAGAUGUGGUCUGUGAUGUCUGCACUGGGAAGAAGAUGAAAGCUGUCAAGUCCUGCCUGGUCUGUUUGAUUUCCUUUUGUGAGAAUCACCUUGAAACUCAUGAUGACGACCCUGAAUUAAAGAAACACAAGCUGGUGAACCCGUGCAAAGAGCCGCUACACAGCAUCUGCUCUCGUCAUGAUGAGGUGAUGAAGAUCUUCUGUCGUACUGAUCAGCAGUGUAUCUGUUAUCUCUGCUUAAUGGAUGACCAUAAAGGUCAUGACACAGUCCCAGCUGCAGCAGAAAUGGCCGAGAAAAAGAAGAAGCUCCAGGUGACUCGAAACCAAAUCCAGCGGAAUAUGCAGGACCAAGAGAAAGAAGUGAAGCUGCUUCAGCAGGAGGUGGAGGCCAUCAAUGCAUCUGCCGAUAAAGCAGUGGAGGACAGUGAGAAGAUCUUCACUGAGCUGAUCCGUCUCCUUCAGAAAAAAAGCUCUGAUGUGAAGCAGCAGAUCAGAUCCCAGCAGGAAACUGAAGUCRGCCAAAUAAAAGAGCUUCAGGAGAAGCUGGAGGAGGAGAUCACCGAGCUAAAGUGGAAAGACGCUGAGCUGGAGCAGCUCUCACACACASAGGAUCACAGCCAGUUUCUCCUCAACUAUACUUCACUGCCAGACCUAAGUGAGUUUAUACACACACAGGGCAUCUAUAUGCAUCCUUGGAAAAACUUCAAGGAUGUGAUAGCAGCUGUGUCAAAGCUCAGAGAUCAACUACAGGAUAUUCUGGCAGACACUCGUACAAAGACACCAGUUAAAGUCAGCAAGGUGGAGACUUUAAAGUCAGAACCAGAACCAAAAACCAGAAGUGAGUUCUUAAAAUAUUCACAAGAMAUCACUCUGGAUCCAAACACGGUGAACAAAAAGCUGUUAUUAUCUGAGGGGAACAGAAAAGUAACGAGAAAGAAUAAAAAACAGUCUAUUCCUGAUCAUCCAGACAGAUUUACUGGUCACUAUCAGGUCCUGAGCAGAGAGAGUCUGACUGGACGAUGUUACUGGGAGGUGGAGAUGAGAGGAGACAGAGUUGGAGUAGCAGUUUCAUACAAGAACAUCAGCAGAGCAGGAUUGUCAGAGAAAUGCGAGUUUGGAAUGAAUGAUAUCUCUUGGUCAUUUGACUGCCGAUCAAAGAGUUCCACAAUUUAUCACAACAGAGUUGAAACUCCAGUAYCAGGCCCAGUUUCCUCCAGAAUAGGASUGUAUCUGGACCACAGAGCAGGUAUUCUGUCUUUCUACAGCGUCUCUGGUACCAUGACUCUGAUCCAYAGAGUCCAGACCAGAUUCACUCAGCCKCUACAUGCUGGGAUCUGGCUGUUUUAUGUUGACUCAUCUGCUGAGUUCAUUAAGGUGAAAUAAUCAGCAGUGAUCUGAGGUCCAGUUGGUUAAAAUCUGUACUUUGGCCCAAGUCUCUUUAGUCUCCAUCAUUGUCACUGUAACCUCAAUGUCAUUUCUUCCCUUCUCUGAGAUCAGCCRUCUUUAUGGAGCUACUUGAUGUUGGAGUUUGGAUGUUGUCCCRUCUGUCCAAUGAAGCUCCUGUCUUUCAUGGCGAGUUAUUUUUGACAACCCAAACUGUUGGUAUGAAGCCAACUUCUGCUCCAUUAGACUCUGUUUUCAGACAACAAACAAUCAUUAAGGUUAUUCAAAUUUUUAUAUUGUGUGUAAAUUGUGACUGAAACUGUGUUUAUCCUGUUAAUGAUUAAAUCUAUGAUGUGUCGGGUAACUGAGACGACUGCACACGAUGUCACAUUAGAGUCAUACAGUCA